AAAAAAUACAGAAAAUACUCUAGUCUGUGUGAAAUGUCAUUUGACAACAGCAGGGAGUCUGUCUUGUCAAAGAAACUUCUAUCGGGUGACAUUUACCUUUCCAUUAAAUUGUCGAAUCCCUUCCACAACUUGAAAAAUAGAAAAUUCCAAGUUUUUAUAAAUUGCAUUGGUUCGGAAUUGAAUAAUGAUGAUGGCAAUAGAAUCAGAUUAAUAUAUUCCUAUUCCUGUUUAUGUGAACCAAGUAGUGAAAGUACGAGUCUUGUUGGAAGCAAUGGAUAUUCGAAUGAUUUGAAUGAUAAGUAUAUUGAUCCAUUGACAAGAAUGGUUACAAUUCAAAGUACAAUUUCACCCAAAGAAGUGACACAAUCCGAGGAUGGUAAAUCACUUUUUAUUAAAGUGGGAAAUUAUGGAAAGAAUCCAGGAAGAACACAAAUCAAAUUCUUGGCUCUCGUAUUUGAAAUCCAGUAUCAGAAUCAAUACUAUCAAGCUUACAUCACCAUUAAAACUCAAAGAGGAAGUGGUGUUGAGCAAAGAGGUUGUACAACCAAAGAAUCCUGUUUCAUUUCAGAUGCUGUUCAAAAUGAGGAGGAUGAAUUCAUUCAGGCUUUUUUAAGGUUUAACUCUUUAGGCUCUUCUUUAAGUAAUUGUUCAAGUCCAACCAACAGGAGGAGAACACCAAACAGCAAGCCAAACUUUGGAAGUGUCUUUGCAGAGCAAAAAUUUGUAAAUUUCAUGGAAGGCACAACAGAUUCUCUUGACAGACUUACUCCUGAUAUUAUUGCUGUUGGACAAUCUGACAACUAUGAUGAUGAAAUUGAUUAUCAAAAUUCACUUACUGAUUUUUACAAUACCAUCACAUUCACAAAAAUCCAUUUUGAAAAUGGACCAAAACAGGGUGGACAACCAAAUACUCUUUAUUUAUCAUUCAAAGACAGCUCAAAAACUGGAUUGUAUGAACUGAUAAAACACCAUUCAAUGCAAAGUAUCAGUAUGUGGUUUGUACCAAAGCAUCACCCAGAAGUUCAGGUAGGUCUUCCACAAAUACUUCACAUCAGUGAAAUUGGAAAUUAUGCAGCCCUCCAUUUUAUUACUUCUCCAGUUCUUACACAUUUUGAGGGUGAUUUGGAUUCUUGUGUUUUCUUGGUUAUUGAUAAUGAAAUAAUUGAUGGACUAGUUGACUAUACAUUUGUUGACAUUUCAGAUAAUAUUCAAUCUACAGAUUAUUACAAUACAGAAGAGAAUCUGAGAGGGGUUCAGUACACUACCCAGCAAGGAGGUAAUACCCAAACAACCUCAAACUAUUCUCUUAGUAAAUACUCCCCAGUCGUUACCAUAUUGAACAUUGGACAAUUUGCAAAACAACAAUACCAACAAUCUAUGGAUAAAUUUGAGAAUUUAGGUCAUUUCAUUGAAAAUUUCCAAAUGCAAUUCGGUAAAAUAAUUGACGUAUUUGGAUACAACUUUGCUGGAUUCCUCAAAUCCAAUGGAUUUGUGGUAGAAGGUGUCACAUUUGAAGAAGUGAUUUGUCCUACUAGUUCCAAUGAACAAUUAGUAACAAUUGAACCAGCUGAGGUCCGAAAAGAAGAAAAGGUAUUUGGCGCAGAAGAGGUAACUGAUAUGAUUGUAAAAUCUAUUCAAAAUAGAAUUUCUUUAGAAGAUGAGAAGAUGAUUGAAAACUCUGUGCAAACAUUGGCACACAAAAGCAGUGAUCUUGAUACAAAACAAGCUGAAGAAUAUAUUGUCAUCAACACUGUUGUUCCAAAACACUUGGAAGCUAAUUACAAUCCAGGAAAACGUCACGCCAGAAAUGACAAAGAGCCAUAUCUCAAUCUCAAAUUUGUUAUAUACGAUGCUAAUGCACUUCCUUCCCAAGAUGCACAAAACAAUAUUCCAAAAUUGAAAGUGGCUCUUUUCUUUGCCAAGUUUGUUAUUUCUUUUGAUGACAAAACUCACUUGAUAGUUAUUGAAGAUCAAGAAAAGAAAGAAAAUUUCCUCUAUCAAACCUUCUAUGAUUGUAACAUUUACAAAGUUAGAAAGAAUGAAGAAAUUGAUAGCUUCCUUUAUAGAUUGGCUGAAUUCAACUGUGCAUGGAACUGUUCUCAAUUCUAUGAUGAAAAGAACAGCAAUACUGGACAUUAUGUCAUUUCAGUUUUGAAAUAUUUGAAGAUUUGGGAUCCAUCUGCACUUUGGGCUAAAUUUGCUAUCAAUGUAUGUGAAGGCAAACCACUUGAAAAACAUGUGACAAUUUAUCCAGACUUUUUCCACAUGGAUUCAAAGCAAAGUAUCCCAGCAAUGCUCAACGGUACUAAAGCAGCAGAAUGUCCAAAAUUGAAGGACACAAUAACAGGAUAUGUGAAACAAUCAUCAGAUGCUCCAUUUAAAUAUCAUUUCAGUGGGUAUUCAGACGAUCCAGAAGUUGAAGCAAAAGCAGCCAGAACUGAAUUGGAAUUCAUGUAUGAAUUGCUUCGUGAAUGUGGUGAAAGUUAUUUGAGAAUUUUGGAAGAUAGUGUUCGUGCUCAAAGAUUGUUAAAGAAAAUAAUGCAAACAAAUUACGGUCAAUCUCUCUCAAGUGACACAUGGCAACACUUGAAACAGUUAUCUGACAAGCAUAAUCAAACUUUCCACAAACAAAUGUACAACUUCCCUAAUUUCUUCAAUCUCAUCAAGCCAACCAAGAAUUCUGAAGUCGUGGAAAAGGCAGCCAAAAAUGCUUGGAGAACUAUGCAGGAAUCAACCAACAUGCAACUGAGUGAACCAUCUAUCCCAGAUGUUCCAGAUGUUGUUGAAGGAAAAAUCCAUUUUACUAAUCUUGAUUCGCCUUUAAACGACAAUCCAAAACUACUAACUCUUAACUUAUCAGGACCUUUACCACGCUCAGUUCUACCUGAAUCUGUAACAAUCUCAUAUGAGCUUGAUGAAGACGAUAGAGGUAAGGUGCUUGUUAGCGAUUCUAGAGUUGUUAAUGUAAAUCAGACAAGUAACAAUUUACAAAUUAAUUUUGAAGUGCCAACUUCAAACACCUGUGAUUUCAAUUAUUUCAAAAUUCAAGCAAGAAUGGUGGUUAAGAUUAAUGGUUUUCCUUUGGAUUCUGAAGAAAUUAUAUUUACAAUUAGACACGAUCCAAGCAAGUAUGUUCAAGUAUGCACAGGUUCUAAAGUUGUCAAUGCAAAUGGACAGACGCUAACGCUGUUCUUGAGAUUUUCUGAACCAACUCGGCUCAAUGGUGUCAUUAAUCUUUAUAGUUCUAUGAAGUGCAGCUACAUCACUCCCAUUCUAGAUCGUUUCCAAAAACAUUCUGACAGAGAAUAUAGUUAUACAUUUCAAUUGGAAAACAAUUAUGACAUAUUCCACAUAUUUGUUAGGACAGAAGCAGAGGAUAUUCUAGUUGGAACUAUUCAUAAUUUGGAAUUUAAAUCCUCUGAAUUGGAAGAGUAAAUUUAUUUUGUAAUAAAUAAUGUAAAUAUGUAAAU